UGGACGUGACGUGUAACAGACGGAGGAUCAGUGACGUCACGUGUGCGAGCAGCUGCUGUCACUCUGUGUGUCCUGCAGGUAGUCGCCUCCUCCUCCUCCUCCUCCUCUUCCUCCUCUUCCUCCUCCUCCUCCUGAUGAUGAAGGUGUUUCACAGUCCAGGUCGUCAUGGUUACGCUGUGGAAGCUUCUCCCUUCCUGGCGAACCGAUCGGCCUGCGCUGCCUCUCAGUUCUACGGACUCGCGGGUUGUGGUUCCCUGAUGGUUCUGGAGGAGACGGAGACGGGAGUUUCUCUAGUGAGGAGCUGGGAGUGGAGUGACGGCCUGUUCGACGUGGCGUGGAGUGAAACCAAUGAACACGUCCUCGUCGCCGGCGGUGGAGACGGCAGCCUGACGCUGUGGGACACAGCCAAUCACAACGCUCCGCUGAGGGUGGCCAAGGAACACACACAAGAGGUGUACGCUGUAGACUGGAGUCAGACCCGAGGAGAGAACCUCAUCGUCUCUGGAUCUUGGGAUCAAACUGCCAAAGUGUGGGACCCUGCUCUCAGCCGCUCGCUCUCCACGCUCAGAGGUCAUGAAGGGGUCAUCUACAGCACCGUGUGGUCGCCUCACAUCCCAGGAUGCUUUGCGUCAGCCUCAGGGGACGGGACGCUCAGGGUGUGGGACCUGAAGGCCGCUGCGUGCCGAUUGGCCGUCCCAGCGCACAAGGCGGAGAUCCUCAGCUGUGAUUGGUGCAAAUAUGACCAGAACCUCGUGGCCACCGGCUCGGUGGACUGCAGCGUGUGUGUGUGGGACCUGAGGAACGUACGGCAGCCUGUCAGUCGACUGGGAGGACACAGCUACGCCAUCCGCAGAGUCAAGUUUUCUCCGUUCAGUGCCACGGUGCUGGCGUCCUGCUCGUACGACUUCACUGUCCGGUUCUGGGAUCACAGCAGGGAGCGGCCUCUCCUGGACACGCUGGAGCAUCACUCUGAGUUCGUCUGCGGGUUCGACUUCAACCUGCACGUCCCCAACCAGGUUGUCGACUGUUCCUGGGACGAGACGGUGAAGAUCUACACCCCCGCCUGUCUGUCCCCUGGAGGACAGGGGGCCACAUCGUAGAGCUUCAUCCAAAACUGGAUCCAAACCCCGGGUCUGGUCCUCAGAGUCCAGGUCCUCACUACAGGGGUUUCACAUGGAAACCAUGGCAACCAGUCCUCACAGAGGUGGAGCUGCAAAGACUCUGGAAACUGGACUUUCAUUUAUCUGCAUACGAAAAUGAUUUGAAAUGUUUAAUCUGGAACCGUGUGUGUGUGUGUGUGUGUGUCGAUGUGUGUGUGUGUGUGCGUGUCGAUGUGUGUGUGUGUGUGUGUUUAUUUACUAAUAAAAGAGCCUGUGACCCUGUUUGUUAGUUUCAGUUCAGAUCUGCAGCUGAUGUGAAUAAAUCCUCGUCUCUCACUCGA